UUACGCGAAUGUAUUGCCUGAACCUCGGGAGGAGCUGCUGCGGGAAGAUCUAUGGCGCUAUCGGACGGAGUUUAUAACUAGUGUAGAAGACAACAAGUUGCUGAUACAGUUGAGGCAGAAGGCGUAUUGGGUAGAGUCGGUGUCCCUAGUGUUAACAUGGUCUGGGUCUUCAGCACAUAUUCCCGCGGCCGCUG